AUGUAAUAGAGAGCAAAACAAGUGGCACAGUUACGUGAAAACGGAAAAGUUCAGUAUGGCAGAGCAUCGAACAAGAAUUCCAAGCCCCAACAGGGUGCCACCGAGAGGCAAAAACUCUACGGGAUAAAUAUUUCAAUUUAAAGAAAAAAACAAAAAGCAAAUUUGCUACAAACAAAAGCAAUAUAAUCAAGACAGGGGGAGGUUCAUGCCAAUUGCAAGCAUUCGAUUUGAUUGAUACACAAUUACAAGAAAUAAUGGGACAACAAUUAGAAGGUUUGACAAACAAUUAUGAUGAUGACUGUAGUGACCAAGAAGAGGUGGUUAUUGAACAUGUUCCUGAUGCAAAGAACUGUGAUGACAGUGAAGUGGUCUCCAAGAAUGGAAAAUGGAGCUCCUAUACUCCCCAACAACUGAAGAGGCCAAAAACUACAAAGCUAUCAUGUACCGUUCUCUGA